UCAAGACAGGUGGAAACUCGCAAUCCUACGAGUUUCACCAAUGCUCUAGAGUUAGUGWCCGACAGUCAAGAUCAGUCCACUCUCAACCUAAUCAAAGCUUCAUGGAGUCCCUCAACACUCAAGGCCUACAACAACUGUUGGCAAUCCUGGUCGGAAUUUUGCAAACACCAGAAUGUAUUAGACCUCUCAGCCGAGAAGGUAUCAAGAUAUAUUGCCUCGUUGUUCAACAAGAAGCUCGCCGCCAAGACCAUCUUAGUCCAUCGCUCAUGCCUAGCCCAGCUAGCCAAACUCAAAAACAAAUCAGACCUCGCAUUUGACCCCUUGAUCCAGAGAGUUGUAUCCGGUAUCUCCAAGAGUCGUCCGUCUAAACCCAAAUAUGAUGAAAUAUGGAACCCAGUCCCUGUUUUCAAAUAUAUUGCCAAGAAGUUUCCAGACAACUCCAAGUUAUCCUUCAGUGAACUUCUCAGCAAGACGAUAAUCCUCAUCCGUCUUCACACUUUGUCCAGGUCAUCCGACAUGGAAAAGUGGUCAUUCUCUGGAAUUGAUAUUACCAACAAUCUCUUUUACCGCGGUCCUAUCACCAGUGCCAAGGAAGAAAGGAACAGUGGAAUCCAGUCCGCGCUCACUGUUCAUCAAUCAGAUCCGCCAGCCUUGUGCCCGCUCCGUUCCCUGAAGGUUUACCUCAAGAAGUCCGCCCCGUUCCGAUCCAAGUCCGACUCAGACCAGGUUUUUAUUGAUGGAGAAGGUCAUCCACUUACCUACAGUGACUUCUCCAAGAUCACCAUGAAUCUCCUCUCGAAGACCAAUAUUGACACUUCCCAGUUCAAGUCUCACUCUACCCGUACAGCAAUGGCCACUCUCCUACUCCAGUGCAACGUCCCCUUACACACUGUUAAGAAAUUAGGACGAUGGAGAACAUCCGAGUCAUUAGAACUAUUCUAUGACAAGGAAAUUAUUGGCCUCAAAAGUGAAGACAGGGAUUUUGUAGAUAGGUUAUUCAAAAGAUUC